UGCUUAUUUUGACUCCAUACUUUGUAGGGUUUUUUAAAAGAAUAUUACUAAAAUAAAACUUAUUUACAUAAAUAAGACUAGGGAAAACUGUCAAAUAGGUCCUUGUACUUUUGCAAAAACGUCAAUCAAGUCCUACUACUUUUAAAUGAAUCAAUUAGGUCCAUGAAGUGUAAAAAGUUGGUCAAAUUAGCUAUUUUGCAGGUAGUGAUCCGGUUUCCCGGUUGACAGGUGACCUGGUUGUCCAUAAAUGUCCAUUUGGCAUUUUCUUUUAUAAUUUUCUUUUAUUUUUUAAUCUUUCUAAUCUUUCCUUUUCUCUUUCUUUGUCUCCCAGUGCAUUCUUUCUUCUCCGGGAUGACCCUAUCCACAUUUCCUGACCUUUCUUUCUUCUCUGGCAGAUCGACCUCCACCACCGGCUGACGCCUGACAGCCUCCAUCUCUGAUUGCAGAUCCAUCUCCACCGCCGCGACCUCCGCCACCCCUACCUCCAUACCCAUCAACUCCGCCGCCUCUACCUCCACACCCACCACCUCUGCCGCCCCUACCUGGCUACAUCCAUACCCACCACUUUUACCGUCUUGCCGCUGUUAACCCCAUGUCCACCACCUCCGCCGCCGUAACAUUAAACACACCAAUUCCGGCGAGUCAGCUCCUUACCUCCACACCCACGACUUCCGCCACGUCGACGUCCAUACCCACCAUCUCCGAUCCGCCGCCCCUACCUCCGUAUACUUCCAUAGCCAAAGCCUCCCAGGCAGUCUCAUACCCAUCUAUGUUAGGUGAUGGAGACCAAAACAAGGGCAAGGAGGGACUGAGAGUUGAGAAAACAAAGAAAGAAACAAGAAAGAAGAAAAAAGAAAAGGAGAAGAAGAAUGGGGAUCGGAAGAAGAAGGGGAUCUGGAUCUGCCGGAGAGAAGAGGAAAAGACACAAGUAUAAAGAAAGGAGGGGAAACUAGAAAGAAAAAGAAAAACUUACAGAAGGAAAAAGCGUAAAAACUAAUGGAAACAGUAAAAAAAUUGUCAUGCUAGAUGUCUAUGGACCCACCAACCGGGAAACCGGAUCAUUGCCGGGAGAAUAGCUAAAUUGGUCGAUUUCUAAUACUUCAUGGACCUAAUUGAUUCACAUAAAAGUAAAAGGACUCAAUUGACUUUUUCAUUACUAUAACGUAGUGUUGUGGUAACUUAAGUUCAAAACUUGAACAUGAAUUACUAUGAUUUCAUUACUACUCUAUUAAUUAGUCAUAUUUUUGUAAAUCAUCUUUAUGUUGGUCAUAUUUAUGUAAUUAUUUCUACUUUGUAUAAAUUUCACAUAUCCCAAUGAUCUCAAUUAACUUAAGAAAUAUGUUGUUCCCCGUGCAACGCACGGGUAAAAGACUAGUGUUACCUUUAAGUAUUUUUAGUGUUUAUUCCUAUAUAGUUAUGUAUUCAUUUUGAGUUACUUUUAUUCCUAGAUAAUUCAUUCCUUCUUUUAUUCCUAGAUAGUUGGACCGAUACAGCAG